AAAGCAAAGGCCCACGCUUAGAGUCUUAGACAAAGGGAAACUGAUCGAGAGAAAAAAAAAUACAAAAAGAGUUGUGGACUGAAAAUGCGCAUCGUCAUUCAUAGUGAUACAUGCGCACUAUUAGACAAAUAAAAACAUCCCACGAAAAAAUGAAACAAUUAAUGGUUCUUGCUUUACUUUCCUGACUUUCUGUUUUGAUUUGUCAGUGGAAUAAAGAGAAAUAGAAAAUGGGCCCUAUCAUCCAUCCUAGUUGCUUGUGGAGAACUUUCUGCCAGCUAGUAUACUCCUCCACCCGUGGGAGGCAGAAGCGGGAGGCUUAACAGAAAGGAAUGAAUCCGAGUGGCAGUACUUCCCCGUGGAAGGCAGAAGCGGGAGGCUUAACAGAAAGGAAUGUCAAGACAUCGGAAAAGGUUAAAACUUUCUUCUGGAAAACAUAUCAUCAAGGUCUCCCAGUUGGAGAACAGUUUGCGAUUAAAAACAUCCACCUCAGCCCUCUCUGCCGUCGCUGCAACGGCACUGAAUCCAUUACACAUCUGCUGUUCUAUUGCCCCUACGCUUCACAGGUAUGGGCACUUGCUCCUCUCUCCUCACCAAUUGAUACAGGAGACAUCACCUCUACGCUGGAGGGAUGGGAGAGAGUUAGAAAGCUACAAUCUCUGCCCCCAGUGGGUCUCGAAACCGGCACUCUGGCAGCGUCGAUUGUAUGGAAUAUCUGGAUUGCAAGAAAUCAUCUUCUAUUCCAAAAUCGCGACUUCUCCCCAGAAGAAACCAUCCUAAAAGCCAUUACUGAUGCAAGAGAAUGGCUCCUGGCGCAGCCACCCAUGAAGAUCCCUCAGUCGAAGCCUUUGAUCAUGCUCGAACCAAACCCUAUGCGAUCUGGAGUAACCAUAUACGCAGAUGCUGCUUGGAAUCCAUCUUCGGAAUCUGCAGGAUUCGGUUGGAUCAUUGAUGAUCGGGUUUCGGCUACCAACCAUUCGGCGACCUCUUUGCAUGUCUCGUCGCCUCUUAUAGCAGAAGCCUUGGCUGUUAGAUCAGCCUUAACCUUUGCCCUCUCUUGCGGAUUUAACUCCAUCACGCUACUCUCAGAUUCUCAAUCUCUCAUCUCGAUAAUCAACAAGAAGGAAUUGCAGUUGGAGAUAUUCAAUAUCAUCCGUGAUAUCUACCAUCUCUCUGUUUCAUUUAUUUCAAUCACGUUUAGUUUCAUUCCUAAAUCGACUAAUGCCAAUGCCGAUCAUGUAGCCAAACAAGCAUUAUGGGCUUUAAACCCAGUGUGAGGCCCAAUCGUUUUCAAUGAAAAGUUAUGGUUUGGCAAAAAAAAAAAUGGGCCCAUCUUCGCCAUAGGCAAACGACCUCUUCCUCUUCAACCUCAUACCUCUGUGCCCAUCAUUGCCACGAAGAAUCUCCCUCUCUCUCUCUCUCUCUCUCUCUCUCUCUCUAGAAGAAGAAACAUCUCCUUAGUGUGUCUCUCUUUCAACCAUCUUUACCUUUUUGGUUCUUAGAAAAAGAGAAAAGAACGAAAUAAACAAAACCCAGAGGAUAUAUAUAUAUUCCAAGAAGAGAAACCGAGUGCUAGGUUUUUAUUUAUGGGCAUGCAUUUGUAACGUACAAGAGAAUAAAGUUUGCUGUUUUUCAUUUUUCAUUAUAUAUAGUAAUCUUUUUCUUUUGUUUUGUGCGUUGUUGAGAAUAAUGGGUAACUGUUGGUGUAGUUCUGAGCCUUUUAAUCACAAAGUUUCUGCAAACGCUAAAUCAGAAUCACCUAAAGACCAGAGUGCAACAGAAGAAGGGACGUAUAUUAAAGAAGUUCAAAAGCUGCCAUCAAACCCAAAAGAAGUAGAAGAUCUAAGACGUGACUCAGCUGCGAAUCCUCUGACAGCUUUCACAUACGAUGAGCUUAAAAACAUUACAGGUAACUUCAGACUAGACCGAGUUCUCGGUGGUGGUGGUUUUGGAAGUGUCUACAAAGGUUUUAUUAAAGAGGAUUUGGGCGAUGAUCAAAAAGUUCCUCAACCACUCCCUGUAGCAGUAAAAGUUCACGACGGCGAUAAUAGCUAUCAGGGUCACAGAGAAUGGCUGGCAGAGGUGAUAUUCUUGGGGCAUCUUUCACAUCCAAACUUGGUGAAAUUGGUCGGUUAUUGCUGUGAGGAUAAUCAUAGGGUGCUAAUCUACGAGUACAUGGCUCGUGGUAGCGUGGAGAACAAUCUUUUCUCAAGAGUCUUGCUUCCUCUUUCAUGGGCCAUUAGAAUGAAGAUUGCAUUUGGUGCAGCCAAAGGACUAGCCUUCCUCCAUGAAGCAGAGAAGCCAGUCAUUUAUCGCGAUUUCAAAACCUCCAACAUUCUUCUAGACAUGGAAUACAAUGCGAAGUUAUCUGACUUUGGACUCGCUAAAGACGGUCCUGUAGGAGAUAAAUCUCACGUUUCCACACGUAUAAUGGGAACCUACGGCUAUGCAGCUCCUGAAUACAUCAUGACAGGUCAUUUGACACCAGGGAGUGAUGUGUACAGCUUCGGUGUAGUUCUUCUAGAGCUUCUCACAGGGAGAAAAUCGUUAGACAAGUCACGGCCUACACGUGAGCAAAACCUCAUAGACUGGGCUCUUCCACUGCUGAAAGAGAAGAAGAAAGUGUUGAACAUUGUAGACCCGAGAAUGAACUGCGAAUACCCUGUUAAGUCGGUUCAGAAGGCUGCGAUGUUAGCUUACCAUUGCCUUAACCGGAACCCUAAGGCUCGGCCCUUGAUGCGUGACAUUGUGGAUUCUUUGGAGCCUCUUCAGGCAACAGAAGAUGAAGCCUUACUUGUCCCCACUGUUCAAAAAGCAGUUAUCACCAUUAUAGACGAAUUUCCUAAGAAUGGGUUGAAGAAAGUUGAAGAACUGAAGAAGGUUGAAGAUGUGAAGAAGGUUAUUGAAGAUGAUAAGUCACAGUGUAAUUAGAUCACUUGGUUUCUUUUAUUUUCUUUAACAUACAGAUUCAAAGUCAAAAUUAGAUUGUGUUUGUGUGUAUCUUACAAAAUACAGAUUAAAGGUUUGAUUGGUUGAAGCUAUAGCUUUCUAU